CAUUUAGAAUAUUCGAGUUUUGCCUGUUGAACUGGAAAAGCUUGGUGGGCAGAUGGGAAAGGAGUUUUGAACCGUGAAGGGAGCUCUCUGCUCUGUAAAACCUGAAGCAGUUACUGUUUCCCCAUUCAUUUUUCUCUCUAAUCCCAAUCAAAUUAAGACUAAAAAAAGCAAACAAAAUCAAAUAGGAAUAGAUUAGAUGGGGAAUUUAUUUGUGAAGAAGCCCAAGAUCACAGAAGUAGAUCGAGCAAUUCUCUCUCUCAAGACCCAACGCCGCAAGCUCGCCGAUUAUCAACGACAGCUCGAUGCUGUCAUUGAAGCAGAAAAGCAAGCUGCAAAAGACUUGAUUCGUGAAAAGAGAAAGGACAGAGCUUUGUUAGCAUUGAAGAAGAAAAAAACGCAAGAAGAAUUAUUGAAGCAAGUUGAUGCCUGGCUUAUUAACGUCGAGCAGCAAUUGGCAGACAUUGAACUCGCAAGUAAGCAGAAAGCUGUCUUUGACAGUUUGAAGUCUGGUAAUAAUGCAAUUAAAGCCAUUCAAAGUGAGAUAAACCUGGAGGAUGUUCAAAAGCUUAUGGAUGACACCGAUGAAGCCAGAGCUUAUCAAGAUGAAAUUAAUGCAAUAUUGGGGGAGAAAUUAUCAGCAGAAGAUGAAGAAGAAAUUUUAGCAGAAUUUGAGAACUUGGAAAGUCAGAUCACUGUUCAAGAUCUGCCUAACGUUCCUAAUGUUCCCACUACAAUACAAUCUCCUGAAGAACAUGAUGAAAAGCUGGACCUUCCAGAUGUACCGACCAAAGCACCAGUCACACAUGAAGUGGUUGCAGAUGAUGCUGAAGUUUCCACAAAGCGAAAAGUUAUGGAGGAACCAUUGCCUGCCUGAUUGGGAAAAAGGUCCACUGAGAUUGGCAUCGGCCAUCAUGUCAAGUUGGAUGCUAACUUUAAUGAACCAUCUCCUGGCAACCUGCAUCUAAACAUAUACUGCAUUUUUUUUAAUGGAUUCUUGCAAUUGUGUACGUGUGUUUUUUCAGCACAAAUAUUUCCAUAUUGGAUUGUACAGAUCUGUAUCUCGACAAUGUUCUUCAUGUAUUAUGGUGUUGCAAAUACUGAUCACCUUCAACAAA